CUUCUGUAGCUGUCGGUAUCUCAGUUAAUGUGAUUCACCAUGAUUACAUGCAAAGCUAGAACUCUAGAGAACGUCGCCAUGGACGGCCACAUGACGCGCCCAAGAGGUAAACCGAGAAAAUGCGCGUAUUGCGAGCGUGUAUUUACAAAAGAGGAACACUUGAAGCGUCACGAGAGAACUCACACAGGCGAGAAGCCUUUCAAGUGCUACAAAUGCGGUAGAAGUUAUGCCAGAAGCGACGUUCUAUUUAGACAUUCUCAGACGCACUCCUCAACAGAAGACAACGGCCAAAACGAAUAUCGGCCUGAACGCCGGUCCUCGGACGCUAUUGGGAUUGGCGAUGAUAACGAAGCAUCACAGGAUCAUCAAAACAUUUCGGUCGCACUGACAAGGCGACAACCGAGUAUAUCUCCCAGCCCAGCCGUUCCUGAAGCCCAAGAACGCAACUUCACAGCAUCCUCUCAGCAUGCGUCGUCCGCCCCAAGCUCCGCAAUGCCAACGCCACCUACCGAAACUCCCAUAGACGAUACUCCACGGCCGCAGAAGAGACAGAGAUUUUCACCGCAGUUUCGACAGACUGUUGAUGCUAGCCAAGGAAGCUCAAUGGGUCAGUCACCUUUCACAAUCUCCCAAACGCUGCCACCGCAGCUCGAUGUCGACCAAGUCUCGACCUUUAUCGGGAUAGAAUUCGACCAACAACGUUCCCUCGGAAGUUUCGACGACCUCGAUAUGUUUUCGUUCGAGACGGGACAGAUGCCAAUCUUCGAUAACGCGCAGUUUAGCUUCGAUGCCAUGGACGGCUCCGACUUGAAUAGUUCUAUCUUCCCAUUUUCCACACCCGCAAUAGAAGCUAUUUCGUGUAGCCAGAGGCCGAGAAGUGGAGGGCUGAUGACCAUAUCAGCCAGCCAGAUGCAGAAAGUACAACGGAUCUGGUCGAGACAGCGACCCAAGGUACUCACACAAAUCAACAGUCGUCUAUGGAGUGACGUGAUAAAGCACAAUGUUGAUAACAUUCUCACGGCACCACAGCAGAGGGUCAAUCUUGACACCCAUCAAUCGUUGGGAUGCAAUGUGGACCAAGCAUGUAGAGAUCGUCUGAUUCAGUACUGCAAGGACCUUGACGGUUCAUUCGGCUCGUCAUCUACAACCGCUGAUGAGAUCUACAUGCCUUCUAUAGAUCUACUCGACUCGAGCUUAGACUUUUACUUUCAGUUUUUCCAUCCGGUCUUACCAUUCAUACAUAAGAGCACUUUUAAUGCUGGAGAUACGCCAAGCCCGCUGUUACUCGCAAUGUGUCUAGUUGGAUUGUCCUACCUAGAUCGAACACAAACCAAGGCAUUUCUCACCAAAUAUCUCAGAAAGUUGCUGCCAGCCUGUCUCCAUGAUUUAACGUCUCAAACACUCCUCAAACGUGCACCGUCAGACUUCCUCAUUACACUUGCCACUGUACUCAUCAUAGCCUACUUGGCCUUGGGCUUUCGUGACGAGAUUGAUGUACACCAAGCGUACACAAUCUGUACUCAGAUGCUUCGUGUGGCUGAUGAACAAGGCCUCUUCGCCGCUGAGGAUGACGGCGAUCCAAUUCUCAAACUGAGCCAAGGAGCACCAAGCCCAGACAACCUCUGGAAGGCAUGGGGACGAGUUGAGUCUGUCAAACGUCUUAUAUGCUGCCUUAUCUACUUGGACAUGGCAUAUGCCCGAUUGAUGAGCACGUCCGGAGUUAUUGCGAUAGACAAGGUCGAAAUCCACCUGCCGUGUGAUGACGCUCUCUUUGACGAUGCAACAACAGCCACAUCCUUUUGGCGUUUCGUGGAGCAGGGUGCACGUAUCACUAUGCCUCGAAUACAUGUCCGGAGUCUUCACAUGGCGUCAACAUCAAAACUCAACCAGAAUUCUACUCAGAUCCUCCUCCGAUCCCUCUACCUUAGAGUGAUAGCAGCCAACGCCAAGCUUUCAGAAAGAGACGGUCAGAACUCAUGCUCUCGGUCCAUUAGCCCUGUUGAGAGAUUUUAUAUGGACGAGGGUUGUCAGGCCAUUAUUGCUGACGUUGUAUUACUGCCCCAGGCGCAUGCCAGCUUCUUGGGCGAACGACAUCAAAACAAUGCAUUAGGCUGGCAUUAUCUAUGCAUUCUAUUGACGACUGACGUUGAUCUUUUGGAAACUGCGUGCGGUCGUGAUGGGUUAGAAGCUGCUGAGGAUUCGCUAGUUCAUGUUUUCAAAUGGUCACAGUCAAGUAGUGCUCGCAGGGCGCUGCUCCAUGCGGCUCAAGUAUUCAGCAUUUUGGAUUCGUGCCUCGUCCGCGAAUCAUAUCUCACUCGACCGGAUCUGGUUUUAUUUGUCUCAGCGCUUGUGAUAAGUCAAUACUUCCUUGUUACUAGCCAUAUAAAUACCGGCUUUAAUGGGCCUGUUUUCGAGCUGCUACAGGACGUAGAUUGGACUACUGUUGGAGAUGAAGGCUUUGGGCGAGCCACGGGGUGUACUUUCUUUGCCUUACCACCGGUUACUGAACGUGAAACGGUUACAUCAAACCCCGUCAUCCGCUUUUUGAACAAAGGCGGCUCUGUUUCAUUUGCUGGAGAGGCUCAGGGGCUUGGAGGGGUGGCUGCUAAGAAGAUUGCAAGGAAGUUUGCUCAUCUUAUGGAUGGCUUUGGCAAAUGGGAUGGAUGUAGCUAUUCUCAACUCUUAAGGGUAAUGUGUGGGUUCACGCAUGAGUCCGAGUGAGAUAGAAGAUACGAAUGUUAACUGUAUAUUCACUUUCGGUCUUACUCAUUGGCAAUGACGCACUCGAGAAGUCUU